AUGCACAGAGAUAUCCGUGACGAGAUCCUGAAGUCCACCGCCGGCGAUGAACCAAUCUCUCCCGAGACCGCCGGCGAUGAACCAAUCUCUCCCGAGACCGCCGGCGAUGAACCAAUCUCUCCCGAGACCGCCGGCGAUGAACCAAUCUCUCCCGAGACCGCCGGCGAUGAACCAAUCUCUCCCGAGACCGCCAGCGAAAAACCAAUCUCUUCCGAGACCGACGGCGAUGAACCAAUCUCUUCCGAGACCGACGGCGAUGAACCAAUCUCUCCCGAGACCGACGGCGAUGAACCAAUCUCUUACGAGACCGACGGCGAUGAACCAAUCUCUCCCGAGACCGACGGCGAUGAACCAAUCUCUCCCGAGACCGACGGCGAUGAACCAAUCUCUUCCGAGACCGACAGCGAUACCGACAGCGAUGAACCAAUCUCUCCCGAGACCGACAGCGAUGAACCAAUCUCUCCCGAGACCGACAGCGAUGAACCAAUCUCUCCCGAGACCGACAGCGAUGAACCAAUCUCUCCCGAGACCGACAGCGAUGAACCAAUCUCUCCCGAGACCGACAGCGAUGAACCAAUCUCUUACGAGACCGACGGCGAUGAACCAAUCUCUUCCGAGACCGACGGCGAUGAACCAAUCUCUUCUGAGACCGACGGUAAAGCACCAAAUUAA